AUGGGGGGCAAGUCUGCUAGCAAGGCCGCUUACUUCGAGAAGCUCAAGGCCCUUCUCGAUGAGUACAAGACGGUCUUCAUUGUCGGUGUCGACAAUGUCAGCUCCCAGCAGAUGCACGAGAUCCGUGUCUCUCUGCGUGGUGAGGGUGUCGUCCUGAUGGGUAAGAACACCAUGGUCCGCCGUGCCAUCAAGGGCUUCGUCAACGACAACCCCGAGUACGAGCGUCUGCUUCCCUUCGUCAAGGGCAACGUUGGUUUCAUCUUCACCAGCGGUGACCUCAAGGCCACCAAGGAGAAGAUCCUUGCCAACCGUGUUGCUGCUCCCGCUCGUGCCGGUGCUGUCGCUCCCGGUGAUGUCUGGAUUCCCGCUGGUAACACCGGUAUGGAACCCGGUAAGACCUCUUUCUUCCAGGCUCUCGGUGUCCCCACCAAGAUUGCUCGUGGUACCAUUGAAAUCACCACCGACCUGAAGCUUGUUGAGGCUGGUGCCAAGGUCGGCCCCUCUGAGGCCACCUUGUUGAACAUGCUCAACAUCUCUCCCUUCACCUACGGUAUGACCAUCGCUCAGGUCUACGACCAGGGUCAGACCUUCGGUUCCGAGGUUCUCGACAUCGAGGAGUCCCAGCUUCUCGAUGCCUUCAGCGCUGCCAUCAAGACCAUCACCAGCAUCUCUUUGGCCGCUAACUUCCCCACCCUUCCCUCUGUCAUCCACUCCGUGGUCAACAGCUACAAGAAGGUUCUCGCUGUUGCCAUCGAGACUGAGAUCUCCUGGCCCGAGAUUGAGGAGCUCAAGGACCGUAUCGCCAACCCCGAUGCUUACGCUUCCGCCGCUCCCGCCGCCGCCGCCGCCCCUGCUGGUGGUGACGCCCCCGCUGCCGAGGCUCCCGCCGAGGAGGCUGAGGAGUCCGAUGAGGACAUGGGCUUCGGUCUCUUCGACUAA